AUGCCGGCCUACACUUCGCAGCCCAGCCGCAAUAUCCUCAUCAUCGGCUCGACGGGCGUCAUCGGCACAUACAUCACACGGGCGAUUGUCGACGCCCGGGAAAAUUUCGACCGGAUAUGUGUCUUGACCAGUGAGAAGACCCUGGUGGAAAAAGUGCAGGAUAUCGCUGCGUUGGAGGCAUGGGGUGUAGAAAUUUUCACCGGGAGGUUGGAGAAUGAGUCUGCAGUCAAGAGGGCGUAUGAAGGCAUUGACACCAUUGUCUCCUGCGUCGGCCGUGGGGGCAUCGAGAAGCAGAUCAACCUGAUUACCUGGGCCGACCAGGUGGGCGUGCGUCGCUUCUUCACCUCCGAAUAUGGCACCGACAUCGAAUACUGGCCCGAGUCCGUCCACGAGCCGCCUCACCAGCUCAAGCUGAAAGUGCGGGCGCAUAUGCAGACCAUGAAGAGGCUGGAACACACAUACCUGGUCACGGGCCCUUACAGCGAUCUGUACUUUGGGACCAUGAAGGCUCGACCUGAGCUGGGGCAAUUUGAUGUCAAGGAGAAGAAGGCCAUUUUGCUAGGAGAUGGCGACGGACCCGUCAGUUUUACGGCCAUGGCUGAUGUCGGCAAAUUCGUCGUCGCAGCACUCAUGAAUCCCAAUGCCUCUCGAAACACAACCCUUAUAGUGCACUCGUUUACCGCCACACCGCACGAGAUUCUUGCCGAAUACGAACGGCAGACAGACAGCAAGUGGGAGAAGUCAUACACCUCGCUCGACCGGUUAAAACAAAUCGAGAAAGAGGAAUACCAGAUCUACUCGGCCCUGGCGACGGUGGUCACAUUGCGGCGCAUAUGGACCGAAGGCGGCACCUUAUACAAAUAUUACGACGAAACGAUCCUGGGCCAGAUUGAAACGGAGACGCUGGAGAGCCAAGUGGCUGCGAACAUCCGGAAGCAAGAAGAGGGCGAGGGACAUUUCCCGAGUCUAAUGCGGAAGCUGAGUCUGUACUAA